AUCUUAAAAUAAUAAAACAGAUCCAUUAUUCAUGUUUUUCUACCAGUACAUAGCCUAGUGAGCCGCGGCGCUGGCCUCAAGCAUUUUCAAACUCUGAGUCUUCAGAAGUAUAGAUAUAUUGUAUUUACCUAAUAGAAUAGCAAAAUAUGAGGAAUUUACAGAUCUCUAAAAGGAAAAUAUGCUUGAGUUUUAGGGAACAAGGUCAACCAUGUCAUUGUCAUUUUAUUCUUCUCUGCACACAGGAAACCAUGAAUCUGUCAGCAGUCAGCACAGUGACUGAAUUUAUACUCCUGAGUUUCCCCUGCUCCAGAGGGGUUCAGGUCCUCCUCUUUGCUCUGUUUUUCGUGUCCUACAUCCUAACACUGAUGGGAAAUGGAGCCAUUGUCUCUGCAGUGAUGCUGGAUUGCAGGCUUCAUACCCCGAUGUACAUCCUGCUGGCCAACUUCUCAUUCCUGGAGAUCUGCUACAUCAACACCACUGUUCCCAAUAUGUUAGGAAACUUCCUUUCAGAGACCAAAGCCAUCUCUUUCACAGGUUGUUUCCUCCAGUUCUACUUCUUCUUCUCAUUCGGUAUCACUGAGACCUUCCUGCUGCCCCUCAUGGCUUUUGACCGGUACUUGGCCAUCUGCUGGCCUCUCCGCUACCCGACCAUCAUGAGCAUGCCUCUCUGCAAGAACUUGGUGGUUCUCUGCUGGGUAGCUGCCUUCCUCUGCUAUCCAAUCCCCAUCUACUUUACCACGCAACUCCCCUUUUGUGGCCCCAAUGUUAUUGACCACUUCGUCUGCGACCCUGGUCCACUGCUGGCCUUGUCCUGCAUUGCUGCACCUGGAAUUGAGCUUUCCUGUUCUAUUUUAAGCUCUGUUAUUAUCUUCAUCACGUUCUUCUUCAUCCUUGCAUCCUACACCCUGGUUCUCAGGGCAGUGUUGCGUGUCCCCUCAGCAGAGGGUAGACGGAAGGCCUUCUCCACCUGUGGUUCCCAUCUAGCUGUGGUGUCUCUGUUCUAUGGGAGCAUCAUGGUGAUGUACAUCAGCCCAACCUCUGGGUAUCAGGCUGGGAUACAGAAGAUUGUGACUUUGUUCUACUCCUCAGUCACUCCUCUUAUAAACCCACUCAUCUACAGUCUCCGGAACAAGGACAUGAAGGCUGCCUUGAGGAAAAUUCAGAUGUGCACAAAAAUUAGCAAAAUUAAUGACAGCUUAUGAGUGGCCCAUGGACAGAAUCUGUGCUUCACCACUUGCUUUCCUAGUUGUGAAGUAGUACUUUAUUCACUUGCACUUAGAGACACAGACACAAAUUCACGAAUCUCUGCCCAGUCAAGUAAUGGUUAAGAAAAUCCCAACUAAACCUGUCAUAGCCUUCAAAGCAAGACUUGAUAGACAGGAAUUUGAAUUAAAUAACCAGGAUGUCUUGAUUUAGGAUCUUCUGCUCUGACACUCAAUAACUGCUUGUCCAUUUAUUAUAUAUGAUCACUUGCUGACUCUUGGUUUUUUAUAUUUUUUAACGUCUUAAGUUCAUAGUGCGUUCUUACAUUGGUUUUUUUGAUCUAAUGAUAUCAGCUAUACUCCUAGCAAAAGAGUAGAGUGUUCACACACUUUUAUCUCAAGUAAAAGGAAAUUCAUGCAAUCAACAAAUCAUACCUGGGUAAAAAAUUUUAUUUGACUAAUAGUGACUAAUAACUAUCUAAAGCAUUGUCUCUCAAAUAUAUCCACUUCAUGAUUCUUUUGGGAACUUUUUAAAAGAACAGGCUGCUGAGUCUUUUUCCAAAUAUCCUAAAUUGUAAUCUUUGAAGUGAAGCCUGGAAAACUUUAUUUUAAUGUGACCUAAGUGAUUUUGGUUCACUGGACCCAUAUCAGCUCAGAAACUGAACUUAUAGAGCCACCAUUUCUAAUAUGACAAACAGAAGGAAAGAGAAAUCUUGUAUUAGCAGGAAGUGAAAGAAGUUUCAGUGACUACAGUUAACUCAAACACUCAUGAUAGUACCAGUAGGAAUUUGUUUUUCUAACUUGGUUCAAGUUCUGAUAGUAUGGUAUAUUCAUCCUGUCAUUCUGCUAACCUAGGAAAUUAAGACACUUUGUUAUAGGUUUUCUUCUUUUGAGGUUCAGAGUUUUCUUUUUGUUAAUUUUUAGUAGUAUAUAAAAGAGAAAGUUUCAUGUAUUUCAUAAAUACAACUCUAAGACGAUAUCCAUGUUUCCCUGCAUCCUUCUCUCCUUCCCUCAACCUCCCACCUUUUGUUUUUUUCUUUUUUGUCUUUUAAAUGUUCACAAAACACUUUAAAAGAAGACUGACAUUACACUUUAGGUUAGUUUCAAGAGCAGAAAGAUUGUGUGCCUACACAGCCCAGAAGAGGUAAAAGCACACAGAGAGAAAAAGCCAAUGUGUCUAGGAUUCCAAGACCAAGACAGAUGCAGAGGACUUGAGUAACACUUCCACAUGACUCGCCCAGUUGUUUUUUUUUCACAUGGUCAGAUGGCAUCUGGGGUUGAUGUAUUUCAUUCAAAAACAUGUACCAUUGUGAAUUAAAAUGAUGUAGAAAUUAAAGUCCCUGCAUUUAUGAAACUUGAAUUCUAGUGAGGAAGAUAGAUUAUAAGAAGGUAAACAUAGAAUCUAUAAUUCUAAUAGUCAAAAGUAAUAUUAAAAAUAAAGUAGAAUUUUAAUAUAAAAACUGUUGGGGUAGUAUAGAAGAUUAUUUUGACAGAAUGUUCACAGAAUACAUUGGUGAGGAGGUAAUUUCAAAGUAAGGGAAUAAACCAUGCAGAGAUCUAGGGAAUACAGUUCUGAGGAAGCACAGGUAUAAGUUUAGAUUUUCAAAGAAUAGAAAAAAAGGUUAAUUUUGGCAACCCACAAAGAAAAUGUAUACAAAAGUGAAGAGGCCAAGACGACUUCGGCUGUCUGACCAGGUCUCCACAGGGCAUGAGAACAAGCUGCGGUCCUCUUGGUGGUUUUAAUUUAUUGAUAAUUAUAUUCUAUACAAGAAAGCCAGAGUUUCCUGGUGGUCUCAUUAAUGAUCGCUAUAUUCUUGGAAAUCUGUGAGAAACAACCUCUGCUCAAAAUGACCUCACUGCCGGUUGAGCUGUUGGAUGGACUGGAUCCUCCUAGAGUAAUCCAACCCAACUCCUUCUGAUGCUUCAGUUAUCUGUAAUAAAGCCUAGAGGGAAUUCUAAGCUGUCAGGUAUCUGGUAUGUAGCUAGACCUGACUUAGGUUAGGGAUAAGAGGGUCUUUCGGAGAGGUUUUCAGAAUCCUGCUAUAAUCCACUUGAGACCGUGUCUUGACAUGGAUUAAGGAUUUCUAAAUAAGGGUUAAUAACUUAAGUGGCUGAGAAAAACACAAACAGUGGUAAAUACCUUAGUAUGUGUGGCCUGGUGGAAAGAAUAUAAAGUAGUUACAAAAUCAAUGAGCAAGUCUUAAAUGAAUUACUAAAACUAAAUAAUAGCAAAGGUUAUGGGAAGGACAUGUGUAAUGAAUGGGUUUUUUUGAGAAGGAUGUUAUUACUAGUAGAGUUAAAAUAAAAGGUAAAUGUCCCAAUCUUCAUAAUCAAUUGCUAUAAAACUAGAAGUAGAUGUUCCGAUUCUUUGUAAAAUAACCACUAUGUUUUUUUGUAAUCAGUUAUUACAGUUAUUAAUCUAGUGUCACUUUGAGUCUCUGUUCUAUCGUAUCUCAAAUAUCAAUUAAGUCUUUAAAAUCAAAGAAACUGUUACACAGCUAUGGAAAUUGGGAUUAAAGAGGGGUUACACAUAGUACAAGGUCAAUGGUUUAAAAUGGAUGGAAAAUCAGACUUUGUUAUUGUAAGGAAGAUCUGUAAGGAUCACUAGUGAGUGGACAUAUGCAAAAUUUAUGAGAACAGUAAAGAAUGUGUAAAAUGAACAGCAGAUGUAAUUUAGGGUAAAAAAUAAAGUCUGGUGCUCUCUCAUCACAGCUUUGCUGUGAGUGUGUCUCUCAUUUCUUCCUGCGCCAACACCUCCCACACCUUCAGGAACCCCUGGACCUGCUGGAGCUGGACUCCAGCACAAAAGAGAAGUAGACAACAGAAGAUCAUCUGGAGUUCAUGGUCACAAAAGGCUUCCAUGGCCUUGGCAGCUCAUGACAAGAGCCUGGGAUCAUCGCUGACAUCAUAAAUAAGAGUGUCCAGCCCAGCUUCCAAGGUGACCACCGCUGCUGAGAGGAGACAGCCAAAUAGGGUCAGUAACAUUGUAGGCAGGACUGUAAAUUUCCUGUUAGAGAUGCCACCUGCCUUUACCUGGCCAGUUCUCCUCCCAGGCCAGCUGAUGGAAGUCAACAGGGUGCCUUCCCCAAGGAGGUUCACACCUCCCUUAGGAUGUAGGCUAUAUGAAGAGAUAGAUAGGUCUGAGCCUCAUAAUUUACAAGGGCUCAAAGCCCACCAGAUUAUUAUCAAGCCCCUUCUGUCAGGUUCUAUUUGCCUCUCAAUCAGAAAACUUAUUUGUAGCUUAGACUGCACCUUUCUUAGCUCCUCUAAUAAUGACCCUGUCCUUUGUUCUAGACCCUGUUUAGCCCACUCCUGGGCCUCAUUCCUUUGUAAUCAUAACCUCUACUCUAACAUCAAUGGCUCUGCUCUCAACCUGUG